CAGCCUAACCUACAAGCAUGAAGCUGGUACUCGGCUUGCUAGUUCUUGCGGUCGGGGCGCGUGCCAUCACCAUAGUGACGGUCACGACCCCUGAACCCAAGGUCGAGGGUGUGGUGGGGGGGUCCGUCGAGCUGAAGUGCGAGUUUGACAUCAAGCCGAACUCCACACAGCCUCCUACCAUCGCCUGGUUCAAGGGCAACACCGACUUCCGUGGCGCAGAGAGGAUCUACACCGGGCACAAGGUGUGGGGGAACGAGAGCCACCGGCGCGAGGACAGCUUCGGCGACUACUUCGGCCGCGUGGAGGUGGCCGACCUGGACAAUCCUGCCAUUAAGAUCAUCGGACUCAGGACUACUGACUUUGCUCGGUACUGGUGCACCGUGGCGGAGUGGGGAGCGCACACGGAGUUCGGACUGGACGCCAAGUCCGUUCUGUUGACUCAACAUGGACAUCCCCAACCGUCCUUUGAAGUGACCGUGUCCGGCCAGAAGGAAGUGGCGGAAGGUGCUGACGUAGAGAUGACGUGUCACUGCGACGGCGCCGACUGCACCAACCCCGUAUACGACUGGUUCAAGGGUCCAGCCUUUGCCGGAAGUGACUGGGUGACCACCGGAAACUACACGCAGAUCGCGGCCAAGGUGGACCUGAGCCUGCUAGGGUCAGCGCCUCUGGUGGAAAUUGAGGACGGGUUCGGCCAGUUCAGCCUCACGCCCUCCAACUCUCUCUUGCUCACCGGGGCGCAGGUCAGCGACGCAGGAAGGUACUGGUGCAAGGUGACCAGCGGCGGGAACGUGGACAUCAAGGCGACCGUGCUCAAGGUCAAAGUUCCAGAGUUCACCUGUGCUGGUAAGGCUGACGGGUACUAUCCUGACCCUGAGGACUGCGCCAUGUACUACCAGUGUCUGACCGGGUUCCCGCAGCCGUUCCACCGCCCGUGCGGGUACGCCGGCAUGGUGUUCAACCCGGAGCAUCUGUACUGCGACUGGGCCUUCAACGUGGGGCCGCCCUGCGGGAGCAAGGUGUAGACCAACGGCCCUUCGCCACCGACGUCACAUAUGGCUGACAUCACCAACCACAGAGAAAACCAUGAAUCCAGUCAACGUUCAGAUCACUCUUUUGCUCAGCUCCUGCAGUAGUUGUAUUUAGAUAAACACGCUUUGCCUCAAUGACAACUGGUUUUGUGUGAUUCAAAUAAAUCUGAAAAA